CCUCGGAGACCUCGUGCUCGCAGCUCGGGCCGAGUCGAGUCUCGCCGAGCGGCGCGGUAGGGCCGAAAGCAGCGCGCGAGUGCCGUGUGCCGCGUAACGCGAUACGUCUUCUCUCCUCUGGGUUCUGGCUCUGCGUCCGGGAGCCAAGGGGCUCCGAGAGGGAGAGUGGCAGCGAAGGAUGCGAUCCGUCGGGCGAGGUCGCUCGUGUCGUCGGUGCGGCCGGACCGGCGAGGGCGAUGCCUCGACGGGUGGGGUAAAAAAAUGUCGAUAGGCGUCCCCUGCCGGAUCUCCGUGGAGGCAGGCUCGGUCGGUCGUUCGCGGGUGUUAUGCAGCGGGUCCCGGGUGCCGGCGCGCGUGUUACCGCCGGAAGUGCCGGGAGUGCCGGAAGGGUCGGGGGCAGCCCCGAGGGGGGGCGGUAGGAGGCGGACUCGGUGGUGGAGGAGAGCGUCUUCGCUCCUGUCUGGCGGCCCCCCGGGGCGGAGGGGCGCCGCCGCUGCCGCCGCGGGCGUCGCGAGCGUCUCGAGCGUCUCGGGCCCGCCUCCAAAGUACUGGCCGCCAAAUGCGCAACCGGGAAAUCCUGUUUCAUGUUCAUGUUCUGGAGCAAGCGGACGGUGCUCACUAGACGUCUGCUAAAGGCCAAGGUCCGCGGGGAGCAUGAAACCGAGCGUGAAGCUCAAGAGGUCGAACGGUAUCACCCCGCUGCGAACGGUAGCGACGCGAGCCCCGGCAUCCCGACGGCGCCGACCAGGGGCUGCUGCUCCGGGGCCGACAGCGACCCCGAGGACCCGGCCGACGACCGACUGCUGCGCUGCAAGGACCUCCUCAAGUCCCUCAAGGAGACGCAGCUCGAGAUGCUGCUGGCCGCUGUCGAGGGCGGCGGUGCCGACCUCGGCGAGUGCGUCCUCGUCCCGCGCCGAGGCCCGCCCGCCCCCGACGACUGCCCCGAGGACUCUGGCGAGCGGCCGCGCCGCCACCCGCACCUGCGCCACUACCACCACCGCCACCCCCACCGGCGCCGGCACCUCCACCACCCGCAGCUCCCGCCGGCGCCCCCCGAGCCCCAGCGUUGCCGCGUCCGCGGGGCGCCGCACCUGCUCUGCUGCCAGAUCUGGCGCUGGCCCGACCUCUCGCGGCCCUCCGAGCUCAAGAGACUUCCCGUCUGUCAUUCCGCUAAAGACCCCGUCUACGUGUGCUGCAACCCCUACCACUGGAGUCGACUCUGCAAGCCCGAGUCGCCGCCACCCCCGUACUGCCUGAUCGCCGAGCGUCUGAGACCCGAGGAUCGUGCACCGAGCGAAGGAAGCCCCGGGCAAUACGGAAACACAUUACCCAUGCCACUUCCAGGCUCUCUCACCACCAACGGAGAAGGUGAGGCCGGGCAGAAGGAGUGGUGCACCUUGGCGUAUUGGGAACUGGGUGGCAGGGUCGGACGACUUUACCCCGUCGAACCGUCGACGGUGAACGUCUUCGACUCUUUACACGACGGCGACGGCCUCUGCUUGGCGACUCUAGCGGAAAACCACACGGCGCCGCCUGCCGUACAAAGGACGCGCAGCAAAAUCGGGCUUGGUCUGAUGCUUAGCCAGGAAGCGGACGGCGUGUGGGCGUACAACAGGUCGGAGAGCCCGAUCUUCGUGAACUCGCCAACCCUGGACGACCCGGAGUCGCGGACAUUAUUGGUGUAUCGGGUGCCCCCAGGUUUCUGUUUGAACAUUUUCGACCGGUCCAAAAUCCGCCAGGGUCCAUACCAUGGCACGGGGUCGUCGGCGACCUCGGGCUUCGCCUCGGGCCCGGUCGACGUCAACUCCGUCCGCAUCAGCUUCGCCAAGGGCUGGGGUCCGAAGUACUCCCGGCAGGAGGUGACCUCGUGCCCGUGCUGGCUGGAGGUGCUCCUAGCACCUUGCAGGUGAUCUCCGGGUUAGCGGACUCCGGUUUCAGCCUGGACUUCGCGGUUGGACCGCUUCGUCCUGGAGGGUUCCGAGGGAGCUCGAGGGACCUGGUGCGAGUCUCGCGUUAUACUCCGGAGGAGAUGCGAUGCCACUUGACGGGACUUGGGAUACUCUGCUCCUAGAAGAGCAGAUCCUGGAUCCAUGUCCUGGAAGCGGCUACGGAGCGUCGUUCGAAGAGGAGCUUCAUCGGGGAGACGCGGGUCUUUUACGCGAAAGUUCAAUCUAGUCCAGCACCGUUCUCUUUAGCUUAACACGGUGCGUGCAAGGAACCCUCUCGUCUCCGGGAGUCCCUUGAGUGCGACCGGAGAGACCAUGAUAAGGGAAGGCAGGGUGCAACCAUGGGCGUGAUAACAGGGUCGGCCAGAUUAGGGACUCGGUGGAAACUGGCCUUAUGCAGAGGUGAAGUGCUCGCCAUCCGAGCACCCUUUGUUGAGCACUCCCUUCGUCCUGGGAGAGGAAAGAAGGGGAUUUGUAGGUUAAGAUUAGGCCGCGAUCGGCGUCCUCCUCGAGCAGGGCUGCGAAAGACCCCAUGAGUUUCGUGGAAACACUCUCACUGCUUUUAGUUCUCCUUCUGGGCUCUUUUAUUCGUCUCUCUUCGUCUUCUUAUUGCCUUAAGUUUCCCGCGGAAUGCACACUAUUGUUAUCACGAAAUAUGAAAUUAAUAUUAAGGCUGGGGCUAUAUGAGAGUCAAAAACGACGUACCGUCCGCCGAAAUUGUAUUAUGAUCUAUUAUGAUCUACACAAGAAUAACGUGCGUCGCCUCUGUGAAAAUAUAACGUCCGUUGAAACGCACGUUACUUUCGACGCUCGAGUGGCCCUAGCAUAAGAAUAUAAUCUACCGUUUGUUAUUGUUGGCAGAAAAUAUUUGUCUCCAUUUCUCCGUGUUUCUAACCAAGGAUUUCGUUCCUUGUUAUUUAUUUACUCUUUUAGGCUCUUAAAAAAAAAUUAUUCUCAUAAUAAAAAUUAGAGUCGUGCGUUGUAACAUCGAGUCUCGUUCAUUUCGCAGGGAGACUUUCUGCCGAAGAAUUCGAUAGAAGACCAAAUAAGCUUAAAACAUCCGGAGCUUUUUAGUGAAUGAGGCUGAGAAAAGUAUCAAGUUUUUGUCUGGGGAGAAACGUUGGCAACCCUGACUCCGAUGCGAGGUGGAACUGUCGAAGACGUGCUCCGAAUGGAGGAGCACGUUUCAAUUAGAGACCAGCGUGGAGUAACGUCGUGUGUGUUUUUAAGCCCAGAAAGAGUAGAUCGUGCUCUCGUUUCGCAGCUAAAUAUAAAUAUACAACCACUCGACAUUUAAUUUAUAAGCAUGGACGGAGUUAUCCCACGUUGCUCUUAAAUUUCCGCCAAGGAGCACGCGGUUGGUCCCCAUUGCCGUAAAGCUUGCAUGUACUCGCCGACUUCCGGGCUGAUAUUGUUGCAAGCCUCGUGUUGGAUUCUCAUAAGUCGUUAACUGAGUGGAACGCGUAUCCAAUUAGCGAGGAUUAAUUUAUUUUAGUAAUAAUACUGUCAAUAGCCAUUCGAAAAAAGUUUUACUGCCUUCGGUCCAGCAGACUUUACAAGCCUGUCUGGGUGGUAUAGACAAUGUUGUAAGACUCGUUCUAAGCAGAUACUCAAUCGAUUCGGAAGAAACACGAUCAAGUACACCAUUACAUUAAUGGCGACGGCACGCUCAAUCGGUGUAAUUGAUUUUAACUUAAGGCAGUUGCAAUUUAAACAUGAUGGCGAAUUUGUUGCAUGCCUCAGUACAUGCGGUAGAGUCUCAAACAAGUUCAUGGACCUCAGCUGAUCGUGUUUUUACUCUAGACAUGCCCCUCCAGGAUUUUAAUUUUCGAUAAAUAACCCGUUGCUGUUAAGAAACGCCGUACACUUUAACAUACACUGAUAGAUAUGUAUUGAUUUUUCAUUUUCUUUGCAGACCGAAACCGUUGUAAUGGACGAAGACAUUCAUGGGGUAUGGUCGAAUCAAAAUUUCAGUAACGUCGGUUAAACUAUAGUCACUGCAAAUACACUUAACUCGCGUGAAUCCAACACGAGGUUUUCAGACCGCGCCGUACCCUGCAAUGAGGUAAAUUCCAUGAUGUAAAGAAGACAUGAUAUUCUCCCACGGAGGUCUUUUUGCCUCUUUCUACGCCUUCCGAACCGCCGCCAUAUUGCAAUAUGGCCGCGAUUCAUUUGCAAGUAUCAAAACAAAUUAAUUGUUUUCAAGACUGCUCGCUAAGAUCAUUACAAAACGGGGGGAACACGAAACGUACUAUUUAUACAGAUAUUUAUGUCGUCACUUUUAAAUUUACUUUCUAUCUGGCAGUAUAUUUUCAUUGAUCGGGUAGUGGCGACAUUUUGGAUGUACACUGUGUUCCGCACGCGUCCUUUAUUUCUCGUAUUAAAGUACUUUUACCUGUAAUCUAAUAGCCUCUUUUUACACUAAUAGUUCAUCUGUCAAAAGAGCCACGUGGUAGCAUGACUUGUCUACUUUGCAUCAUGGUAGAUAUUCCCCAAAUAUCCUCAACUCGGCAACCGGAACUCGUCGAGGGCGAGGUCUACGAAAAGUGGCGGCUCGUGUCGAAAAAUUCCCUAGGGAUUCUUGUGACACUGUACCGAAUGCAUUACGCAGCUGCGUGCGUACCUAGAUCGUGCCUUCCCUGCUUCCUUCGCGAGAAAAUUCGCGUACCGAGACCCCCCGGAGCUUCGUACUACGGUAAUACCGUACUGUGAUAAGAGUCCGAUACGUCUGUCGGUAUCCAGGCCUGCCAACCGUCCGUCGAUGGACAUGCAUCACUCGCCAGAAAAAUUGCAACACCACACGAAAAAUUGGGGAAAUCGUCUAACAAGUAUCGUUUAGGAUAAUGUAAAGAGGUGAUGAUUCAAUUUUGGUGUAUACUUAAGAAAAUAAUGUAACCGCCGAGAUAUGGCCGCACUCCAUUAUACUAAACGAUACAUGUGCCGAUAUGCACAUCUUCGCUUUCUUAGGUGUUGCAUCACCUUUUGGUAGCAGUCUCUUUAAGGCGAUAUGAAAGUGGCAUCAAAGAGAUCUCGUUUAUUAAACUUAUCUCCGAUCUGGGUGUACCGAAUAGUUUUAAACCUUACAAUGUUAAUAUAUAAGCUAUAAGGAAGGCCCCGA